UCAUAUCAAGCUAAAUUAUAUCCAGAUAAAUACUCUAAUAAAUACUCUGAUGAAUAUCUUGAUGAGCACUCUGAUGAAUAUUCUGAAGAAUGCACUAAAGAACAUUCUGAAGGACGCCCUGAAGAAUGCUCUAAAGAAUAUUUUGACAAAUAUUCUGACAAAUGUAGAGUUCGACAGGGUGGGCUCUCGAAGUUCAGAUAA